AUGCAUGCAUUAGUCGCUGUUCUAAACGCCGGUGGCGAUGAUCCUGCUACUGAACGAGUCGCCUACUGUACUUUUGCCCGCAGCUCCCGUCUCGCUUGCCGCGGACGCACAAGACGUGCUCGCGAAAGCGAAACGCCUUCGCAUAUGUGGACAACUAACAGUGCCCACCUCUCAGCUGCGUCAGUAGCCUAG